GUUAAGUGUUCAGUAAUUUGUCAUUCACACUCUUAGUUAACAAAACAUAAGACGUUGCUUUCUUUGGACAAACAAAAUGGUCAAGUUCAAUGCCCGCGGAUUAAUGCCCCCUGUUUUCACACCUUUAAACGAUGACCUCACAGUCAACUAUGCAGCUAUACCACCUUACGCUAAAUUUUUAGCUCAGAAUGGGAUCAAGUCGGUACUCGUUGGAGGGACGACAGGAGAACACAUGAGUCUCAAUGUCUCUGAGAGAAAGAAGUUGAUAGAUAAAUGGGUUGAGGACGGUAAAACCCACGGCCUCCACAUAAUGGUGCAAGUCGGCGGGGCCCCGCUAGCUGAUGUUUUAGAUUUAGCGAAGUACUGUUCAAAGGCUGGUGUAGACUCAUUGUUAACGUUGCCUGAAUUAUACUUCAAGCCACAAUCGGUCUUAGAGUUGGUAUCUUAUGUGGAGCUAGUAGCUAAGGCCGCAUCGAACCUACCCGUCUUGUACUACCACAUACCCAGUAUGAGCAAAGUUGAAGUGAACAUGCCAGUAUUUGUUAAGGAGGCUUCAAAUAAAAUAUCGAACUUUAAAGGUAUAAAGUUCACCUCAAACGAUUUAAGUGAAGCUGCUCAAGUGCUGAGAGUUUUAAAGGAUGACCAGGAAAUAUUCCUUGGAGCGGACACUUUAUUAGCUCCAGCUGCGCUGUUGGGUAUAAAAUCCGCUAUAGGCACAACGUUUAAUUUAUUCCCAACUUUGGCUCAAGAUAUAUUGGACGCGGUAGAGAAAGCCGACGUGGUACAAGCUAAAGCACUCCAAGAGAAACUGAGCCUUGCAGUAGAAGCGCACACUCCAGAAGGUGCAUGGGUACCAAUAAUGAAGGCUGGCAUGGAGAUUGUAACUGGAAUAAAAGUUGGACCUCCUGUAUUGCCUCAAAAACCAAUAUCUGAAGAGGCGAAGGCAAGAAUUGAGACCAGACUCAGAGCAUUGAAAGUAUUAAAAUAAAUGUAUUAAAUGUUCUACAGAUAACUAACUAAAUGUUCUACAGACUGCUUUUCAAUUUGUUUUUAUUGACGUUUUGUUAAAAUAUUCUUCAUUAAAUACAGUAAUAAAAAGGCUAAUGUUUUUGUUUGUCAAAAGUUAAAUAAUACUUCUGCUUGUAAUGUUCUAGAAUUCAAACGAAUCGAAAGAAAUGUGUCUAGUACGUAAAUAAUUUUUUUUAAGUAUUAUUGA